UGUAAGCAAGAAGCACUGUCGAGUCAGUGCGCGAUUACUGCAUCGCGAGACAUCCAUCUUCAAAACAAAUCGGUAUUAAAUUUUUCCACUAACUAUCGAAAAGAUUGGUCGUCUAUCGGGAAUAUCGCCUAUUAAGACAGGAGAAAGGAAAAGAGACACGAAAAUUAAAGAACUGACGAAAUAUUUAGAGAAAUUCGAGAGGAAGAUAAGACAAAACUCGUUAAGAGACUAAUUAAAAAUCAAGGACGAGGACUGAGACCAGAAAUGAUGGAACGUUCUUUAUUUCCAAAAUCGUUCCUCCUCGCGAUAUUCCUUGUGAAUAUUCACGAGUAUUGCGCCGCUUAUACUCCUCCAAUGGUUACAGUGGAGCCGCUUCAUCCCGUAGGACUGCGCAUGUCAAUUCCUGAUGAACACGGAAUUACAUUAGUGGCCUUCCAUGUUAAAUUCAACGAGGAUUUCGAUGGUCUAGAAGCGGGACAAAUAGCGAAAGAUAUUCUCAAACUUCGUAACGGACGUUGGACUUAUCAGGACCGGCGAACUGAGUUAAAGAGGGACGACAUUAUUUAUUAUUGGAUUCAUGUAGUAUAUGAGGGCCUUGGUUACAAUCAGAUUGAUCAAUCGCAUCGGGUUAUCGAUUUUUACAAUUACGAUGGCACUAAAUAUAUCGAAGUUCAAAACGAGCAAAACUGUACGACGACAUCGGCCACAUGGAUCUUCAAAAACGGCGGACGACGGCAAGUCUGUCCUCGUCAACUGCUCUUCGAGGAGAAUUUCGAUACUAUCAAUAGCACAAACUGGAAUUCGAUUCAACGUUUUGCUGGUGCGCCGGAUAAUGAAUUUGUUGUCUACAUGACCAAUGAUGUAACAGACAUAAACGACGGCUGGCUGCGCAUCAAACCGAUUCUUCUUGACACCAAAUUCGGCAAGGAUUUCACAUUGCAUGGAAGAUUGAUAUUGGAAGAUUGCACAGGACAAAUUGGUACAAGUGAGUGUCAACACCAAGCUGCCGGCUGGUAUAUCUUGCCACCGUUGAUCUCGGGACGUCUUAAUACAAAGGGAAAAUUCGAGUUUCUCUUCGGACGCAUCGAAAUAAGGGCCAAGCUGCCGCGUGGUUUGGAUUGGGUGUACCCUCUGUUAAUUCUGGAGAGUACCGAAAAUACGUUGGAGUUUGGACUCCACCGCGAGAUUAGGAUCGCGUCUUCGGUGGGCAACGAUAUACUAAGAACACCCGCGGGCGAAAACAUCAGCAAUCGUAUAUUGAGUGCAGGUGGAUUGACCAUUGCCUUAAACGGGAGUGACGCACAGAAUAUUAACCGGUUUCAAUUGCUUAAGAGGCAAUCGAGUAAGCCUUGGGCGGAGAACUUGCACAUCUUUGAGAUCGAAUGGAAGAGCGGUCUCAUCGUGGCAAAAGUCGACGGAAUGCAGUACGGCGAACAGAUUGUAGAUGGUUCAUUUGGCAAACCGUCAUAUUUGACUUUGGGAAUCGCUGUUGGAGGUGUUCACGAAUUCCCAGAUCUCGUUACGAGUAAUGGCUAUGUCAAGCCAUGGCGAAACACCGAGGCAAAGGCGAUGUACAAGUUUUAUCGCGCAAAAGACAACUGGUAUCCCACAUGGGACACACAAACGGCCCUUGAAGUGGAUUACGUGAAAGUAUGGGCACUAUAAAUACGUUUAUCUCUGCAAAACAAUACAUCCGCAUAACUAGUUAUAUUUUUAUUAUCUGUAGACAUUUUACAACACAUUUUUUUCACAAAAUAACGUCAUUUAUCCAACAAUAAUCUCUUAAUUCGUUUGUACGAAAUAAAUAAUAACGAAAUAAUAGACA